GAAUACUUAUUAUUUUUCGAAAUUGUAAUUAAUUAGUCUAUUAGUAUGAGAUAUUUAAUUCCAAUGAAACUAUAUUAUAAUGAUUGUGAAAGUAGAACCGUUCGUAUAAUGAAAUAAAGUGCAAAAAACAAAAUACAAACAUUCGAUUUAUCGUUUUGCUGUGAGAAAGUCGUUCACAACAAACGUGCACAACGUCCGGAGAGUUCGUUCGUAACAUCAGUACCAAAUCUCCGAAAAUCGUUUUAUCACGAAGAGUGUCGCUUUCACAAUUCAUAUUAUCAUCAUCGCAACAUUGCCGUCAUAAACGACAUAAACUCAAACUACUCAAAGCUUAUUUCGCUUACACACAUGUAACGUUCCGCAUUUUAUCUUAGACAUAUUGGUGCUCCUCAGCCGCUUAAAGUUUAAGCUUUGUUGUACAAAACAUUGCAAAAUGAAUUUAUCAAGAGCGACAAAAUCGGGUUUACGACCCUGUGGAAAUUUGUACAAAUUUUACAAUAACAAACAUUUUGGUGCAAUUUGUUUGAAUCUACAACCAUGUACGUUUUCAAACAAUUUAUUUUAUUCAAAUGUUGCCUCAAAUCAACUUUAUCCAACAUCCUGUUUGAUAAAAAAACUAGAAUUUUCCAAUCCACAUAUUCGAAAUUUAUCUUGCACAUCGUCACUUUUAUCUGAAAAACCAUCUUCUAAAAUUGAAGAAACUGUGAAUGCAGUCAAAGAAAAAGCUCAAAAAGAAGCUAAAGGGAAAGAAAUUACUGCAAUUAAACCUACAAAAACAAUAAAACAGAAAGUUAUAGAUGAAGUGAUGCACUAUUACCAUGGUUUUAAGCUUUUGGGGCUCAACGCAAAAAUCUCCUUUAAGUUGGCUCUUAAAAAAAUAAGAGGUCAGGAUUUGACAAGAAGAGAACAUAACUUAUUUGUUGAAACUGUGGCUGAUCUUUUCCGAUUAGUACCUUUUUCUGUGUUUAUUAUUGUUCCAUUCCUCGAAUUUACUUUGCCUAUUUUUAUAAAAAUCUUUCCUGGUAUGUUACCAACUACAUUUCAAACAAAGGAUGAUAAGGAAGCUAAACUCAAAAAAUCUCUAAAAGUGAAACUUGAAAUGGCAAAAUUCCUUCAAGAGACUUUGGAUAAUAUGUCGGUGUCUGGUAAAGGACAUACAUGUGAAUCAGCACAAGAUUUUGCAAAUUUUUUUGCUAAAGUUAGGCAAGAAGGUACUGUUAUAUCAGCUGAUGAAAUUCUUAAGUUUUCAAAACUAUUCAAAGAUGAAAUUACCCUUGACUCACUUCCUCGACCACAGUUGGUUGCCCUUUGUCGAGUACUUGAACUACGACCCAUUGGGACUUCAAACUUUUUAAGAUUCCAACUGACACUUAAACUACGUUCAUUAUCUAUUGAUGAUAAAAUGAUUCAAAAAGAAGGUGUUGACUCACUGACACUAAGCGAACUGCAACAAGCGUGUAAGUCUCGUGGUAUGCGUGCUUAUGGUCUUACUGAAAAACGUCUUAAACAACAGCUUACUCAAUGGCUAGACCUAUCAUUAAAUGAAAAAGUUCCUCCUUCAUUACUUCUUCUCUCUAGAGCAUUUAGUUUUACAGAAAAUAUUCCAACUAGUGAUUUACUAAAAAAGGCUAUUUCUUCAUUACCUACUUCUGUUGGAGUAUCAACUGAAGCUGAUCUAGGAGAACGUGAUGGGGUUAUAGAUAAUAAGGCUAAAUUAGAAGCAAUUAAAGAGGAAGAACGUAAGGUGAAAGAAGAAAUUGAAGAAUGCAUGGAAGAAAAGAAAAAAGAAUUAGAAGAUGCCAAAAAGAAACCUAAAGAGCAACCUAUUUUAUUUAAUGAAAAUUUAGUGGAUACAGCACCUACUUUAACUGACACGACUGGAAUCAAAAAAGAAGAAGUAACAUUAACUGAUUUAAAAACAUUAGAAAAUGCUAUCGAGAAUUUGAGUUCAGAACAAAAAACACUUAUUGUUGAAAAAGAAGAAAUCAAAGAAUUGAAAGAUGAACUCAAAGAUUACCAAGAAGAUAUAAAUGAUCUACAAGAAGUAAUGAAAACUGAGAAAAAAGAAAAAGUUAGAGAAUCCAAAGCAGCUAAGCGAUUAUUUAAGAAAGUCAAUAAUAUGAUAAAGAAUAUGGAUCAAGUAGUUGAUAAAUUAGAAACUAAAGAAAAAGAAAUAAAAAAAGAUAUUGAAACUAAAACAUUGAUUGAUGAAAAAUCUAUUAAGGAAAGUGAAUUAAUCAAUAUUGAUGAGCUUAUUGGAGCAGUACGAAAAUUACAAAACAUACCUGAUGAAUUCAAACUUCAACAGAUAAGUGAAGUUCUUAGUAAAAUUGAUGAUGAUCAAGAUGGUUCAAUAAGAUUAGAUACUGUAUUAAAGGUACUGGAACUGAUUGGUACUGAAAAUGUCAAAUUAUCUACUAAGGAAAUGGAUAUGAUAACACAAUUAGUUAUCAAAGAGGAAGAAAUGGAAAUUAUAGAGAAAAUGAACAAAGUACAACAAUUGGAAAAAGAUGAUGUAGCACAAGUUGCAACCCCCAAAUUAACUACAACAUCUGAAACAAUUCCAAAAAAAACUGUUACACCAAUCAUUGAUUCAAAAAUUGUUUCCGAUACAAAAAUACCACCAUUACCACCAACAAAUACAACAAAAUCAGAUGAAACCAAAAAACUAUAAGUUAAUAAUACAAUAGUUCAUAAAUUCAAACAAUCUUUCAUCAUUCAAAUUUAAAUACAAUUUAAAAAAAAAUGUGAUACUGCAAUACAUUUCCACAGUUUAUGUGACUAUGUGUUAGUUAUCCCUUACAAUUUAGUUUGUAAAUACAGUUUUUAGUUCAGGACAAUUUAUUUAAUGCUUAAGGAAAUUGUCUUCUGGCUGGUUGUUUCUUUUUGUUAAGUACUAUAAUUAUACUGUUAUUUGUUUAAAAAUAAUAAUAUUGUGGAAUUCAAAUUUA